CAUCAGCGUGCGACAGAAACGGGUGAAAGGUCUCCGGUGGUUGUAUAUGUAACACACCACAACACCCAUGGACUAACGUUAGAGUUCACGCUACGAGAAUGAUGAAUGUAAACAGAUUUGUCGUCUUGUCGAAGUCCGUUCAUAUCGGACGGCGGCUGCUCGCCGGUAACGCGAGGCAUGCUGGGAAAGAAGCGCUUCACCUUCGGCAGCGGAGGUCCUUUAAAACGCACCCCAGAAACCUCGCUUAUGCCAAGGACUUGUUCCUCGGUCAGGUCAACAAGGCUGAGGUCUUCCCUUAUCCAGAAAUUGGAAAUGAAGAAGCUGAGGAGAUCAGCCAGCUUGUUGCACCUGUGGAAAAGUUCUUCAGUGAGGAAGUUGACUCAGCGAAGAUUGACCGAGAAGCCAAAAUCCCUCCCGAGACUUUGAAUGGGUUGAAGGAGCUCGGGCUGUUUGGAAUCAUGGUUCCUGAGGAGUACGGGGGUCUCGGGUUGUCUAACACCGUGUACGCCCGACUGGCAGAGAUCACCUCAUUAGAUGGCUCUAUUGCUGUAACACUGGCUGCACAUCAGGCCAUUGGGCUGAAGGGGAUUCUGAUAGCAGGAAGUGAAGCCCAGAAGCAGAAGUACCUGCCCAAACUGGCCUCAGGAGAACACAUCGCAGCUUUCUGUCUGACAGAGCCUGGAAGUGGAAGUGAUGCAGCCUCCAUUCAGACCCGCGCCACCCUGUCAGAAGACGGGAAACAUUACCUGAUCAGCGGCUCGAAGAUCUGGAUUUCAAACGGAGACAUGGCAGAUGUUAUGACAGUGUUUGCCAGGACGGAGGUGGUCGUGGAUGGCGUGAAGAAAGAUAAGAUUUCGGCAUUCAUCGUGGAGAGGGCUUUCGGGGGCGUCACCAGCGGCAAGCCUGAGGACAAACUGGGCAUCCGAGGCUCCAACACCUGUGAAGUGUCCUUUGACAACGUCCCGGUGCCAGUGGAGAAUGUAAUAGGAGAAAUAGGCGGUGGAUUCAAGGUUGCCAUGAACAUCCUGAACUCGGGGAGGUUCAGUAUGGGCAGUUCUUCAGCUGGAAUGAUUAAAAAACUGAUCGAAAUGACCGCAGAGUACGCUGCAACCAGGAAGCAGUUCAACAAAAGCCUGGCUGAAUUUGGUAUGAUUCAGGAGAAGUUUGCAUUGAUGGCUCUUAAUGCCUUUGUGAUGGAGAGCAUGGCGUACCUGACAGCAGGGAUGAUGGAUAGACCGGGGCUACCAGACUGCUCUCUAGAGGCUGCCAUGGUUAAGGUGUUCAGCUCCGAGGGAGGCUGGAUUUGUACCAGUGAAGCUCUUCAGAUCCUCGGCGGUCUGGGUUAUACGAAGAACUACCCCUACGAGCGCUACGUCAGGGACUGUCGCAUCCUGCCUAUAUUUGAGGGUACCAAUGAAAUCCUGAGGAUGUACAUCGCUCUCACUGGAAUGCAGUACGCCGGCAAAGUCCUCACAGGGAAAAUAAAGGAGAUGAAGAAAGGAAAUAUAGGUCUGGCUUUGGGCAUGCUGGGUAAGAAACUGAGGAGCUCAUUUGGAAGUUCAGUGGACCUCGGCCUGACAGGAAAAGAUGGAGUGGUGCAUCCCAGCUUGGCAGAAAGUGCAAAGAAGUUUGAACAGAAUGUCGGCCUUUUUGGAUCGACUGUGGAGAGCCUGCUGUACAGAUAUGGAAAGACCAUAGUGGAUGAACAGCUGGUCCUGAAGAGAGUAGCAGAUGUGAUGAUCAACCUCUACGCUAUGACCGCUGUCCUGUCCAGAACCAGCCGCUCCAUCAGCAUCGGGCUCAGGAAUCACGACCACGAGGUGCUGCUCGCAAACACAUUCUGCGGUGACGCUUUCUUCAAGAACAAUUACUUGAUGACUCAGUUGCAAAAACACUCUCCUGAGAACAACGAUGCCAACAUCAAGAAGAUCGCCAGGGAGGUCUUGGAGAAGAGAGCCUACGUCUGCUCCCACCCUCUUGAAAGAACAUACUGAGCUCUCCCAAUGCGACCAUAAUACUGUGUCUCGUCCAGGUGCCAGAAAGUAAAAAUCCUGCCAUGUUUUUGGAUCUGCCUCUACAUCUAGAACAGGUGUUUUCACUAACGAGCUCAUCUACCUGGUAGAGGAGCUGGUUUAGUGAUUGUUGGGACAGCUGCUGGACAGGAUUUCUACUUUCUGGCACCUGGACUAUACACCUCUGGACUCUCCUCUAUUCUGAUUGGACAAUAUGGACAAGGACAAUUCACAGUUCCAAUGCUUAGUCUCCUGUGUUCUUUUACUACUUUCUUCGGUUGAGAUUAUUUUUUACAGAACAACUAAUAAAUUAAGAGAUUUAUAUUAGUAGUUAGUGUAUUUUAUUAACCUAUGGCUAACCUUUGGGAAAUUGGGGGCAUUCUCUUCUGAUGGCAUUAAAUGAGUUUUAAUCAAA